UGUGAGCUGCCGGCGGACAGAAGCGCAGAUUUCAGCUGUGGUCCCUUUAAGUUUAUUUCUCCUUUGUGUUACAAUUUACUACAUGCAACACCAUGGCCUUCGAUGUCAGAAGAUUUGACAUCUACAGGAAGGUGCCCAAGGACCUGACACAGCCAACAUACACAGGAGCCUUCAUUUCAAUCUGCUGCUGUGUCUUCAUGCUCUUUCUGUUCCUGUCUGAGCUCACAGGAUUCAUAGCCACAGAAAUAGUAAAUGAACUGUAUGUGGACGACCCAGAUAAGGACAGUGGAGGGAAGAUAGAUGUGAGUUUAAACAUCAGUUUGCCAAACUUGAACUGUGAUCUCGUUGGGCUGGAUAUCCAGGAUGAAAUGGGCAGACACGAGGUGGGCCAUAUUGACAACUCCAUGAAGAUCCCUCUGAACAGUGGUCUGGGCUGCAGGUUCGAGGGGAAAUUCAGCAUCAACAAGGUGCCUGGCAACUUUCAUGUAUCUACACACAGUGCCACUGCCCAGCCACAGAAUCCUGAUAUGACCCAUAUCAUUCACAAGCUGGCUUUUGGGGACAAGCUACAGGUCGAAAAAGUCCAAGGUGCUUUCAAUGCACUAGGAGGAGCAAACAGACUGGAUUCUAAUCCACUGGCAUCUCAUGAUUACAUCUUAAAGAUUGUUCCCACUGUGUAUGAAGACAUGGGGGGAAAACAGAGGUUCUCUUACCAGUACACAGUAGCCAAUAAGGAAUAUGUGGCUUAUAGUCACACCGGGCGCAUCAUCCCUGCGAUCUGGUUCCGCUACGACUUGAGCCCCAUCACGGUGAAGUACACCGAGAGGAGGCAGCCCUUCUAUCGCUUCGUCACCACGAUCUGUGCCAUCAUUGGAGGGACGUUCACGGUGGCCGGCAUCAUUGACUCCUGCAUAUUCACUGCCUCUGAGGCCUGGAAGAAGGUCCAGCUGGGAAAGAUGUCCUGAGUCCGCAGCAGUGCCACGAGUGCCCUGCAGGGGGCGCCCACAAACUCAACACAAAGAGAUGACCGCUAGUUUUCACGCCACUGGGACCGAGCAGAGCCAGUUUCCCAACCUGUCCGUUUCUAUUCCCCCGACAAAAUAAGAGCAAAGAGCCUCACGGGUUUUAUAUUUUUUUAAAGUGGUAGUUUUGUGUCGUUGUUGUAUUUCGCUGUUGGUCUCGCUCCACGCUCAGAGAUGAGUGCCCGUGCACUACAGUCAGACAAGGCCACAGGCAUCACUCCAGAUGCCCAUUGUUGUUACUGACUUCAUUCCCUUCUAAAGAGGAGCUGACCGCAAGCUGUAGAGCUCAGCUACAAGACACAACUUUUGACAACAUAUCAAGGGCAAAAUGGAUCAGAGGCAAUGGCACCAGUGUCUGGUGAACUGGAAAUGAGCUAAUGCAGGGCCAGAUGCAGACAGUCACACUGAGAGGCACAGGUGUUAAGAGUACUGUAGGGUAAUCAGGACAAAUCCAGCAUUUUACAUGCAGGCUAUUUUAAUGUGGGUGGUACCUGGUACUGUAGAUCUAAAUGUGACACCGAGGAUGCUUGGGCACUAAGUUGCUGUAGUUGCAUUGGCAUAUGUGUGACAUCUCACUUGUGAAAGAGAAAAUCAUGUUCAUUACAUACAUAACAAAAAUGCGGUAUUGUUUUAAGAAAAGCAAAAAUGCUUUUGCCCACAAGGCAGGUUACAUUACACAACCUUUACAACUCUGAGAAAUACAAGUCGAAGGAGCAGAGUACUGUGCGUGUUUAAAUGUACUUGAGCCUAUACCAAAAAAGAAGGUAGAAGACAGGAGAAAAGAACACCAGAUUCCACAACACCCAGCCUCAAUCACUUAAUCGGAGAAUGUUUAUGAUCACACGAUGCCAAAUCAAUAUCUUCCUACUGCCUGAAAUUUAAACAGCUUUCUGUUAAACCCUCAUGAGUUUCCUGUAGUAGCAUUAUUCAGUUAACCCUUUUCUACACUGUUUAUACAGAAUGUGAUUAAAAGGGCAAUAGACUUUUAUACACAGUCCAUAAAGAUGAUAACUCUUUGAUAUGAUAUGGGAACACACACCCUUACAGUUUGCUGAUCAACUGGAUAAGUAUUUCUGUGCCUUUAUCCAAGCACUGCUGUUAACAAGUGACUUGAGCUGAAAAACAAAAUGGACACCAUUCUUUUUAUAACUUAGGGAAGGAAACCUAGCCUAUACUACCCAGGCGUAAUAACUGAAAAGAUGCACGUCAUUUACGUUUACACAUGUGCAGCCGAUCCAAGUAACAACAGUGUUGUGCCACAACAUUAAUGCGUGAAUUUAUAAUGCCAGUGUCCUUCAGACGUAUUAGUUGGGAAAUGGCCUGUUUGACUACAGGUCAAAUGUAGUGGGUGAUCAUGUUGUAAUCAGCUGUUCGUCGUGAUUAAGUUGUUAGUUCAAAUCCAUGUAUCGGCAGUUCCAAGUCCCGACGAUAGCAAAGGUGCAGUGCACCAUCUGUUGUGUGUACUUUUGUUUGAAAAGGGUAUAGUCUCAAUUGGAGACAUUUUUUAAUUAAGUAGUUCUUACCUUCAAACCACUUGGGAGUCAAUUGCAUUGCAUUUACAGUGGAGAAACCCAGUUAGAACUGCAGUAAUCCAUGAACACAGACUAAUGCACAAUAUGAGCCUCAGUAUUUCUCUGGUGCACCCUCUAAAAUGUCAGACGUGUUUUCUUUCUAUAACCAAAUCUGUGCCAUUGUACUCGUGAACACUAAGUCUCAGUAUUUUUAAAGCUUUUUUGCACUUUUCGUCACACAUCUCUAUAAACCUCUCAAUAAAUGACAUAUUAAGCCAAUGUCACACCCAGGGUUCUGGUAAAAAAGAAAAAGAAAAUUCUAAAAAAAAUAUGACAUUGACAAUACUCAGGAGUGGACCAGGAUGUGCUGAAGUACUUAUUUACAACCUUAAUCCAUGCAACAGUGUGCGAUGAAGCUGUUAUAGUUUGAAGUUAAUGUAAGUCUGUGGUUUGUCAAGAACUUUCCCAUUCAACAGAACGAUUGGGAGACUCUAAUCAUAGCCGCCUUUAAAGGAAAUUCAUAUGACAAUCCUCCAUUGUUUGUACAGUGUGACAGAAUUUCAGCACCUCUUUAGUCUUUGUGAAAUGAAGAAGGGAGGAACAUUCCAAGAGUCUAGGUAGAUGUAGUAUGGGAAUGUGCAACAGUCACCAGUGUCCCAUUUGUAGAGAUGAUUUAUUUAAAAAAGUAGAUCACUGCCUAAAGAAUUCCGUACUGUCAUGUAUUCUAGAAUUUUCAGCUGGAACGGCAAUUGCUAAAUGUUGCGUUUGAGGAAACUAGUGUUCUGUAAUUAAUGUACAAAUCAACAGGUUUGUUUCUUUUGUAACUUUUAUUUUCCAAAUCAUAUCUUUUUUUUUUCCAAAAUCAAACUGUUGAAUGGCUUACUUGAGUUUUAUUUUUUACAAAUGCUGUGUUUUUUUGUCUCAAUGGAAUUUGUUCGGUCUCAUUCUCAGUGUUGUGUCUCCUUGUGUUAAGUUUUGUUCUGAAUGUUUAAUAGAAGUUUUGUUUUCAAUC